AUGAGGCCUUUUGUUUAUAUGCAACCCCUCCAGAUGGAGGGUUGUGAGUGCCAAUCUAAGAAUUCUUCUGGAACAAACAGCACCUUUACCUUUCCAGCCGGCAUCACGUACCCUAUUCAUCUACCGGCUGGAAUGACUGUGCAGACUGCAUCUGGUCAACUUUAUAAAGUUACUGUGCCAGUAAUGGUUACUCAAGCGCCAGGAGGCCCACGACUUAUUCAGCAGCCUGUUCAGCAGUUAUUUCAACAUCUUAAUCAGUCUUCUGGUCAGGCUGGAUGCAACCAGUACAGCGUGAACUAUGGGCAAAAGUGGCAGCAGCAAGCAGUGCUUGUUCAAAGAUCAGAAGCAGUCAAUACUUAUAAACCUGAGACCACUUUAGAAAGACAUUUUGAAAAUAUUAAUGGGGAUUCACUUAUUGAGCAAUCUGAUAGACAACAGCAUCUGCCAGCCAGUAGUGGAUUUACCCAGUAUCAGACUUUAGGAGAUACUUUUAAAGAUAUGGUGCCACCACCAUUGUUUAAUCCAGCUCAGUCUGAUUUGUCAUUGAUUGAUAAUUCAGAGUCUGUUCUGAAUAGUUUAAACAUGAACCAGACUGUUCAAGGAAACUCAACAAAUGAAUGUGAGAACCUCUUAAAAUCUCAGGUUACUGAAAAUGUUAUGCAGCUAAUAGCACUUAAUGACGAUCUGAAUCCAAAUACACCUGGGCAAGACAUCAACAACUUAAAAACUCCUGAGGGGGUGCCUAUGUUAGGGAAGCAAUUGAUUCCCAACAAUGUUGAGAUAAUCCAAGUGGAUGGACCAGGUGAUACCUCAUCAGAUGAUGAACUAGGAGCUAUACAAGAUGUUGAUGAAAAUGAAUUUCUUGGUAUUAUUGACACAGAAGAUCUUAAAGCUUUGGAAGAGGAAGACAGCGGAUCUAAUGAAGACUCAACUAGCAAUAGCAGUGAUGAUGAUGAUCCUGAGAUAGAUAUAAUUGAGGAGGACCCUUUAAAUUCUGGAGAUGAUGUGAGCGAACAGGAAGUACCAGAUCUUUUUGAUACAGACAACGUAAUUGUUUGCCAGUACGAUAAGAUACAUCGUAGUAAAAAUAAAUGGAAAUUUUACUUAAAGGACGGAGUCAUGAGCUUUGGAGGAAAAGAUUAUGUUUUUUCUAAAGCCAUUGGAGAGGCUGAAUGGUAA